CAGCACUUCUGCCACUCAGGUCGUCUUGUUCGAUUUUAAUCCGAUGAAGAAGAACCAGAAGCAGAAGAAGAAGAAGAACUACUGAACCAAAACAGAUCGCAGAAGUUUUUAUUGUCAGCAUGCCCUUCAGUUUUUGCCCCCAGUGUGGGACGAAGCUUCAGCCUGAUUUUAAAUUCUGUCCUUCAUGCGGGGAGAAACUUCCCUGCAUUGCUGAUGAAACUGGACUUUCCUCACCUGCGUCUUUGAAGCACGAAGCAACAACAUCUGUGGUUAAAACAAGUCCAGAGACUACAAAACAUACAGAAUCUGUAAUUUCAUGCUUAGUUUCACCUCGUCCCGCUCUGAAAAAGACCCGUAACUCUCUGCGCCUGGAAAAGGAAGUAAAAUUCAACAUCCAGGAUGCUUCUAUACAAACAUUGUUAUCCACUCAUCCUGCUGGAAAUGUCACAACUGAAGAAACUGUUCAUGGAUUUGCUUCAAAGCUGCACACACCUGUUGUGAAAGGUGAUUUAGAGGUGAAGCCCCCUGUCGUAAAAUCCCUUCGAUCUGUCAGAGGGAAGGGGAAAGUCCUGAGUCCUGCUAAGGAAGAGACUCCAUCAGGAGGGAUAACAGAAGGUUUAGCAGGAGACGGGUCCACUUCCUCACCGAACUCCAAGUCUCCUUCAAAAGCAGCAGGAAGAAGCAAAGCGAAGAAGGUGAAGCACACGUUCACAGUGGAGCCGCUGCAGGACGGGGAGGAGGUGACGGACACGAUGGGGAGGAAGUGGAAACUGAUGAAGCUGCUCAGUCGGAGCACGACGGAGCUCCUCUACGAAGUUUCACGACCCAGUUUAAAAGAAUCGGAUCACAUCCUCAAACUGGGAGCUAAAGAUGGACGGAUCUUCAACGAGCAGAACUUCCUACAGAGAGCCGCUAAACCCGCAACUGUGGACAAGUGGAUCAAACAGAACAAGAUGGACUUUCUGGGGAUCCCCACCUGUGUUGGAUUUGGUCUCCAUGCAGAUUCCUACAGGUUUCUGAUUUUCCCUAACAUGGGUCGCUCCCUGCUCUCUGUGAUCGAUGAGGAAAACAAGCUUUUGUCAGAGAAAGACGUCCUGCAGCUCACCUGUAGAAUCCUGGACGUGCUGCAGUUUAUGCAUUCAAACGAGUAUGUUCAUGCUGACAUUAACGCAGAGAAUAUCUACAUCAAAACUGGACCAAAAUCACAGGUGUACCUGGGAGGAUACUGCCACGCCUUCAGGUUCUGCCCCGGAGGUCAGCACGUUGAGUACCGUGAAGGCAGCAGAACGGCACACGAAGGCACCGUGGAGUUCAUCAGCCUGGACGCUCACAAGGGAGCAGCUCCGUCUCGUCGCAGCGACCUGCAGUCUCUGGGAUACUGCAUGCUGCACUGGCACACGGGGACGCUGCCGUGGUCCGAGCUCGCUCAGCCCGACCAGGUGGCCGCUCAGAAACAGAGGUACAUGGAAGACGUUAAAGCCCUGAUGAGCCACUGCUUUGGGAGACAAAAGGUUUCAAGUGCAUUUCAAGACUACCUGUCAGCAGUCAUGUCUCUGCAGUAUUCUGAGCAGCCAGACUACUCAGGACUGAAGACAGGACUCUGUGCUGCUUUACAGAAGCUGGGGGGGUCCAUGGAGCAGCCGCUCAGUCUUUAGAAUCGAGCCAUAAGACAGCAGAUGGAUUUAAGGAUAAACAUUUUACUAUAGUUUUAUUCUGACAUGCUUUAUGAUUUUUUUUUUUUGCACUAAAGGCUGUGAAUGAAAUAUUU